AUGUACCAGACGCAAGAUGGUGCUGGGAGCAGCUACACGUCGACGAUCUACGGGUUCAUUCGUGACCAAAAGUACGAAGAAGCCGUGCGGGUCCUCCAGAUCGAGUUAGAGAACCAUCCUCACAGUCGAGCAGCUCUGUCACUGCUUGGAUACUGCUACUAUCACAUGCAGCUCUUCCACCAAGCCGUCGGGAUGUACGAACAAUUGUGUGCCAAUUACCCCGAAGUGGACGAAUACCAGCUCUAUCUAGCGCAGUCACUGUACAAAUCCGGCCAAUACGACGCAGCUUCGAGACGAGCGAGUCAACUAGAAAGCGAACAAUUCGCACAACGCGUGCAUCUGCUUCGAGCAGCCUCGUACUACGAACAGAACGACAUUAAAGCCACACGCUCCGUACUAGAAGAAUGUCUACCCGACGACCCCACCACGAUCGUAUUCGACGGGGCUAUCGAGUACAAGGAAGGUCGGUACGAGGCUGCACGUGCCAAGUUCGCGGAUGCCCUCAAUAUCCUAGGUUAUCAGCCCGAUCUGUCCUAUAACAUCGCCCUCUGUUUCUUCAAGAUGAAACAAUACGGCAACGCCAUGCGGCAAAUAGCCGAGAUCAUUGAAAAAGGGGUACGAGAUCACCCCGAAUUAAGUGUAGGCAGUAAAAGCGAGCAGAACGCCGACGUCAAGUCCGUUCGAAACUCGACGGUCCUACGCGAGACUGCUCUUGUUGAAGCCUUUAACCUCAAAGCAGCCAUCGAGUACGAAAUGAAGAACUAUAAAGGAGCUCGAGACGCUCUAUUGGACAUGCCACCUCGACAGGAGGAAGAAUUGGACCCGGUAUCGCUCCACAACUUCGGACUCAUGAACAUGGACGUAGACCCUAACGGUGGCUUCAAGAAGCUCAAUUUCUUACUACAAAACCCUCCAUUCCCGGUUGAAACCUUCUCGAACUUAUUGAUCCUGUACACCAAGCACGGAUUCCACGAUCUUAUGGCCGAUGUAUUGGCAGAGAACGCUCACCUGACGUUCCAGUUAUUGUCGAAAGAUUUUUACGACUUCAUGGACGCCACCGUGACGCUACAGACAUCUCCUGAGGACGCCUAUCGCAAGUACGAUGAGCUCGCAACCAAGCAUGUUGAAGGACUACGUAAACUAACCAAGAAGAUCCAGGACGCACGUUUAGCGCAGUCCAAUGAGGACAUCAAGACCUCGUUGAAAGCGUACGACGACGCAUUGGAAGACUUCAUGCCUGUGUUAAUGGCACAGGCGAAUAUCUACUGGGAACGUGGCAACUACACACAAGUAGAGAAGAUUUUCCGUCAAACAGCCGAGUUCUGCUCGGAGCACGAGGCUUGGAAACUCAAUGUGGCGCACGUGUUCUUCCUUCAGGGCAACAAAUACGAACAGGCUAUUCAGUACUACGAGCCGUUCGUGAAGAAACAUCAGGAUAAUUUGCUCGAUGUACAGGCUAUUAUUUUGGCAAAUUUGUGCGUGUGUUACGUUAUGAACACGGACAACGAGAAAGCGGAGGAAUUACUGCGCUCUAUUGAGCGAGAGGAGGAGGAGGAAACGAGUCGCGACCCUGAUAAAAGACUCUUCCAUCUCUGUAUAGUGAACCUUGUCAUUGGCACACUGUAUUGCUCCAAGAACAACUACGACUUUGGUAUUUGUCGAGUCAUGAAGAGCAUGGAGCCGUAUCACCGCAAACUUGGACCAGACACGUGGUACUAUGCCAAGCGCUGCUUCCUCGGGUUGGCGCUCACGCUAGCGAAGCAUAUGACCACUAUUCGUGACUCCACCAUGGAUGAUAUUCUCGAGUUCUUGGACUGUGCUGACCAACAUGGCAAGGAUAUCUUCACGACUACUGAAGCUGACCAAAAGAAUGCAGGCGCGACUGGGAACAAUACGAUCCAGCACACUAUCAGCUACGAGGCUCGGGUUUUAAAGCGAACAUUCCUCAAGCUACGCUCGUAG